AUGAGCCUCUGUGACGAUUGCGUGAAGGGCGUACGCCACGAGGGUGAACCCGAAGGCAAGAUCGUGCAGAUCGGCGGUGUCGAGUGCUACGUCGGCACGCCCACAAGCGAGUAUGCCAAGAACAAAGUUAUCCUCUUCCUCUCCGAUGUCUUCGGAAUUCCGUUGGUCAACAACAAGCUUUUGGUCGAUGACUUCGCGCGCAACGGCUUCCGCACAGUCAUGCCCGACCUCUUCCAGGGCGACGCGCGCCCCGCGGAUUCCAUGAACCAGAGUUUUGAUCGCGCAGCCUGGGUGGCUCGCCACGGCCCAGAGUCGUGGCAGCCAGACGUGGACGCGGUCGUGGCCGCGCUGCAGGCAGAGGGCGUCGAGUGGAUCGGUACAAGCGGGUACUGCUUCGGGGCCCCGCCAGCAUGGUACCUCGCGCUCAAGGGCGCGAGCAAGGUCACUGUCGUCACACACCCGUCCCGCCUGAAGGUCCCGGCUGACCUGGAGGAAUAUCGCGACAAGGCUCAGGCGCCGCUCUUGAUCAACACCUGCGAGGUCGAUGCCGCGUUCCCCCUCGAGGCGCAGGCUCAGGCGGACGAGAUCCUCGGCGGCGGCAAGUUCGCACCGGGAUACGAGAGGACGUACUGGGACGGCUGCAACCAUGGGUUUGCAGUGCGCGGUGAUAUGACAAACCCCAAAGUGAAAGCGGGGAAGGAGGGCGCCUUCGCCGCGACUAUUCAGUUUUUCAGGAAAUACCAGAACUUGUAG